AUGCCAGAAAAGGCAGCUUCGACGCUGAGGCGUAGGUUUCCUCUUAAAGACAACUGCCGGCCGUGCAGUCAACAGCCGAUGCUGGAUCAUUUGGCACUGCAGCAACAAAUCAAUGCAAAUUUCAUCUUACACGCGAUUACCAACUAUAAGAAAUCACCGUUCGAGCGAAAGACUCUGGACUUUAUUGACAAAAAGUGGCUGGCAUUGGUUGGGCUGUGGCGCGAGUUCCGGUGUCGGGAUUGGCAAAUACGACGUGACUACAUGGUUGCCAACUUCAAUGGGCAUAUCCACAAGCAUCACAGAUACUUUCAGCAGGAGCUGUACGCGCUCAUUCAUGAGAAAUAUAUGGCGGUUUGCAGACGCAUGAGUCGCGACAAAAGGAAUCUGCUCAAGUGCACAGCUUCCCAGCCAGCUGGGCAGCAUGUUUACCAAGCAGGCCAAGCUGCAGCGGAUGUGGCGAAACAACAUCGAACAAGCAGCAAGAGCAAACGAAACAAAGAUACGACUAAUAGAUAUCCUCUACAUGAAUACAAUAAGGAUUAA